AUGAAAACUCCACCAGCAACUAGCAGUCAAAAGACCAGUAGUGAUUUUCCACGUAUUGUUCCAAAAUUUCCUCCAGAAAUCACGCCCAAGACUCUGAUACAGAAAGCAAUUGGGAAAUACAAGAGUCUUGGACAAACGUCAAGAAUUCCAAAUGCAUUUAUAGCUUAUCGUGUAGCUUUUUGUAAGGAACUUCGUUCGAUGAAGCAUCCUGUUAUUACUCAACCGCAACUUUCAUCAAUGGCUAAACAAAGCUGGUUAAAUGAACCAGAAGCAGUACGAAAAGAAUAUCAAAGAAUCGCCUUAGAGGCUAAAGAUUUAUAUAAACAUCUUGUUCGUAUGAAUUUACCAGCGAGAUUAGAAAGAGAGAAAAAUUUGCAGCUUCAAGCACAAAAACUAAAUAACAAUAAAAACAGCCAAUUUAUUCGAAUAGAGACUCCCGCAAGUCCGUCGCAAUCAUUACAAAGUUCUCCAGUAUCUGAAGUCGAAGAUUAUGUCGAUCGAAUAACCGUUCCUUCGUCAGACUUUCACUCGUCAGUUGAUGAAAACGAACAAUCGUCAUUGGGUCAUCAAAUUUCGUCAAUUUAUGAUUAUUCUCCUACAUUCAACGUGGCAACUUAUACAAACACAUUUUAUACAUCACCUCCAUUAGAAAAUGAUUUAACUUACGAAUCGUCUUACUUUCCAAAUCCGUUCCAGCCAGAAAUCAGUUCGUUAGAUGAUUAUAACCAAACGCAAAUAUCUUCCUCGCCUUAUUUUUCGACGAAUUAUGAUUUUAUUGAUCAAUUUGGAUCAUCGAAUUAUAUUGAAGAAUCUACAAUUUCAUCGAACCUUUCGAAAAAACCACAAGUGGGUUUAUCGACUUCGUCUCCAUCAUCACCAAAUCUUUGUGGCUGCUGUAAAAAAGAAAAUGCUUUUCUAAAAAAUCGGGUUAAAGAGCUCGAAUCGCAAUUGGCUUCAUUGACUAGCGGGCAAAGUCAAGAAAAGAAAGCCUAA